UGCUGUUUUUGAAAGAAAGACGGUAUGCCUCGCAGUGCGCGACAGAGACGAAAACAAGGUAAGGAAACGGUUCAGAAAUAUUUCGCAGAAACAUCUAAGAACGCCAGCGGUUCCGGCAACUCGAAUUUGUGGCUGAAAGUCGUCACACUGUGCAUAUUGGCGUGCGUGGGCGUGGGCUUUGGACUCCAUUUGGUGUCCAACAGCCAUCAAUCUGCAGUCGAGAUGCAUGAAAAUGGAGAGAGUGAUAGUACGGAUGCAGAAAUGUCUUCAUCAAAAAUCGUCGCGGAUUCUGAUGUUUCAACUGAUGUCUAUGACUCACAACAAGCUGUGGAGUCUGAAGACUUGGAGGCUCAAGUCAAUUGGGACUGGGAGGUGAAGAAGCCGAGCGGGGCUCGUCUCUCACCGGAAUGGAUUGAGCAGUUGAUUAGCAGUCUUGGAGUUGAUGAGGGAAGAGAAGAGGAGAGGUUGAGGGUCGAGCCGAUCGACAGAGAUUCGAUCAUUCGAGAGGCGAGAAGGAAUGUGAUGGAAAAACAAUGGAUGGAGGCAAAGAGAUUGUAUAGACACAUUCUUCAGUAUAAUGCUUCAGACAAGCAAGCACUGAACGAGCUGCACUACAUCUACCACAAGCAAUAUCCAGAAGGACCAGACGGAACGACAACUUUCAACUUCACCAAACACCUUUUUGCAACAAUCAAGAAAAGACUCAAACAAAAGAAAUUCACACUUGACGACAGAUCAGUAACGAUCGAGCGACUAGACCCAAACAUCUACGUUUUCCAUGAUUUUCUCAGCGACGAGGAAUGCGAUCAUCUUAUUCGUUUGCAUCAAGAAAGCCUACAGAAUGCGUCGCUGCCUCCUCUAAUGUGCUUCCAGCAUGAUCAUUUUAUGGCGAACGAAGUGAUCAAGUCUAACGUUAUAGAAGGAACGUAUUGUUUAAGACAGUCGUGGUCGUUGCAAGUGGCACCGUAUCUUACAUGGAGCUACAGCACUUCACAUUAUCGAGGAGAGGAUCUUGUUGUUGAUCGAAUCGAGAGACGGAUUGAAGAGGUUGGUCUUGGUCAUCGACAUGCGAGGGAUAUGCAGAUGCUGUUGUAUGACAAGGGUGUGUCUUAUAAUGAUCACUCAGACUGUUUCUAUAGAAACACUGUGAUGGAUCAUGAUAAGACAGCAACAUUCUUGGGAUAUCUGCAGGAUGACGAUCUUGAGGGAGGUGAGACAGUAUUUCCUCGUCUCGGAAUCAGCAUUAAACCCAAACGUGGCAUGGCUGUCAUAUUCUACAAUUUCAACGGCAAGGCAUGCAAUCUUGACAUGAUGCAUCGCUCAGCUGUUGUUACCAAAGGCAAAAAACUUAUAGCCCAGAAAUGGUACAGCUACCCUGAUGCUCCGUUCUACAACGAAAGACCUUUCCCUAUUGCUGUCAACAGUCGUCUGCCUUACCAGCCUGUUGUGUCUUGUGAUUAUAUUCUGGCUGGUGGAGAGUCCAGCUGUAGGUGGUAUGAACACUGGCCGUUUCCUCCUAGCACAGGCACAAGUUAGGUGUGUAUUGAGUUUGUAACAUUUGUAUAUAUUCUACGUUGUUAUGAAAUCUAUGAAGUUUGCAAUUUUUG